UUAAUUAGCUUGAUCAAUAUUUUAAAUCAAUUUAGCUAUUUUUUCAAUUUUUGUGCUGGUGACGAAGUGUGUGGUCUAUGUGUUUUGACAGCCGUUAUCGAUGAAAAUUAUUGAUCACGAUGAAAAUUAUGAAUCACCUACGAAUGAAGUGAUUCACUCUCAAUAUUUUGUAUGGCAAAUUACGUGAUUCGGUUCGUAACUGGGGCGCCAAUCACGAAUGACAGAGCAAAUUACGAAUGGGACAGCGAAUCACUUGGCGUGGAAACGUCGUUUUACACUAGACUAUUUUCGAGUGGCUAUUCGUCGAGAGAAAACAUCGAGUUCAAUCGAGGCAAUCGACUAAAACAUCUCGAACUCGCCCAUCACAAGUUCAAUUGCAACAAAAAGAAAUCAAAUUUAUCAACGAUUUCGGAGUUAUCACCAUAAAAAGUAAACGAGUCUCCUGUUUGGACAUUGUACCAUUGGGCCAAUUAAGUAGGCAUCUUAUUUCUCGGUUAAUUUUGGGUUAAUUUAUCAAUUGAAAAUAUGAGAAUUAACGGAAAACUGCGUGGAAAGACAAUUUUCAUAACUGGCGCAUCCAGAGGAAUUGGAAAAGCAAUAGCCUUAAAGGCAGCACGAGAUGGUGCGAACAUAGUGGUAGCUGCAAAAACCUUCAAACCUCAUCCAAAGUUACCUGGCACAAUUUAUAGCGCGGCAAAAGAAAUCGAAAAUGAGGGUGGCAAGGCGUUGGCGUGUAUUGUGGACGUACGCGACGAAGAGGAAGUGCGCAAAGCUGUACAGGCGGCAGUGGAUGUGUUCGGUGGUAUUGAUAUUUUAAUUAAUAAUGCCAGUGCUAUUUCUUUAACGCCAACACUGGAAACAGAUAUGAAGCGAUACGACUUGAUGCAUGAUAUAAAUACGAGGGGCACAUUUUUGGUAUCAAAGGCAUGUCUACCACAUUUGCUGAAGAGCAAGCAUGGACAUAUUUUAAAUAUUUCACCACCACUUGUGAUGGCACCUCAUUGGUUUAGUAAUCAUGUAGCCUAUAAUAUGGCAAAAUAUGGCAUGUCAAUGUGUGUACUGGGUAUGGCUGAGGAGUUUAAAGACAAAGGCCUUGCAGUAAAUGCAUUAUGGCCACGUACCGCAAUCUAUACAGAGGCCCUGAAAAUGUUACAAGGAGUUGAAGCUGCUCAAUAUUCUCGUACAACUGAAAUAAUGGCUGAUGCAGCGUAUGCAAUACUUUGUAGAGAUCCUAAUACUUGUACCGGCAAUUUCUUCAUCGAUGAGGAGGUACUAAUCGAAGAAGGUGUGGAAGACCUUAAACGAUAUACGUGCUUUCCCGAAAAUGCAGAUAAACUAAUGUCGGAUUUCUUUCUGCCCGAUAAAUACUUCUCAAAGCUAUAAAAUUUAA